GGCCCAGAACAGUGAAAAAGCUGCCAAAAGCUUCUUUACACAGUCAGACCUUUCUCUACAGUUCUGUGUCAUUGCAGGAGAAUGGUCUGACUGCACCUGAUUAUUGGCUUGUUUGUGUUACUCUAAACCAAUCACAGUCUUCUUGGGUGGAGUAAAACCCAGGAUGCAGUGAUGAGGGAAUAGUUUUCCCUCUCUAGCAGCAAGACAGUGGGGUGUGGUCAGACCAUUCUCCAGCGAUGACACAGCACUGUGGAGAAGAGUCUGACUAGGCAGGACUAAGAAAAACGACUAGCUGUCAUUGAACUAAAACCAGAACAGAUUCAGCUGCUGCACAGCUUAUUUCUGACCUCACAUGCUUUCAGAAAUACUUUGUGCUGAAGUGUUUUCGAAAUAAAGGAGAAAGUUUGCGACUUGCUGGAAGCUGUCAUGUGACCCGCUAGUGACCGCCCACCAAACGGGCCAUUUUCAGAUGAGGUGCGUUUACAUGUGAGAAAAACGGUACGACACAAAAUCACUCAAACUAGACGCAAAAUGUCGUUUUUUUAGUAAACAUAAGUUCUAAUUUGUCAGAUUUCAGCCUAAAAUGAAAAUAUUCUCUGUUUUUCUUUCCUUCUUUAUGACGGUAAACUGAAUAUCUUUGGGUCAUGGAGAAAAUGACACAUUUUACAGCAUUUAAAUUAUUUAUAGAUCAGAAUAAAAUCUCCAUUAUUUUAAUAUUUUCUGAUGUUAAACAGCUGAUCGGUGGAAACAGAAGUUCAGGAGGAAAAACCCACAUUUCUGUCACUGAGCAGAAAACUCCCCUGGAGGCAUUUUUAGAGGACAGGAAGUGUUUCCUUCAUCACUUCCUGCUUUUCAGCUUUAAAAACUGGCCGUUUUUCUCCGUCGACACUGAAUCCUCUCUGAGCUCAGACCUGAAACCUGAAACCUCCAGACCUUCAGUCCUUCAGUCCUUCAGACCUCCAGACCUCCAGACCUUCAGUCCUCCAGACCUCCAGACCUCCAGACCUCCAGACCUUCAGUCCUUCAGUCCUUCAGACCUCCAGACCUUCAGACCUCCAGACCUUCAGACAUCAUGAAAACUCUGCUGCUGCUCGUCGCUCUGAUAUUCUGCUGCUGCAUCUCCAGGCUGGAUGCCGGUUGUGUACUUCGCUGCCGCUGCAUCCGGACAGUUUCUCAUCCGGUUCCUGCUCAAACCGUGAAGAAGAUCGAAGUGAUUCCAGUUUCUAAUCACUGCCGCCGAACCGAGAUCCUGAUCACUAAGAGGAAUGGAUCCAUAGUUUGUGUCGAUCCUGAAGCCAAAUGGUUCCCAGAACUCUUCAAAACACUGCAAAGGAGAAACUCGACUCUGAGCUGCACCACUGUGCCUCCGACUGUUUCAACACCAGACUUCUAAUCAAGCAGAUGAAGCUGUGGAUUAACAGGAGGAAGCUGAGCCACUGAGGAGAUUUUUUAUGACAAUGUCCUUCAAUCAAGCAACUUAUUCUAGUGUUUAACCUUUGGAAAAAUUCUAAAAACGGUGCAUGAACUUGUUCUUAGUGCAGCAUUACCAGCCUCAACAGAUUUACUGUUUAACUAAUAAUAAUAGCUUUAUUUCUAUAGCACUUUUCAUACAAGAAAAUGUAGCACAAAGUGCUUUACACUUUGAUAACUGUGAUAAUGAAUCAUUGUAAGGAUGCUAUGUGAUGUAAAUGUUAAAAAAUGACUGUAAAAAUGCUUCUAAAAUGAAAUAAAACAGUAAAACUCUGAGCUGCGUUGGAGUCAAAUGAUAUAAUGUGAUAUAUCAGCAGGCAACUGUGAAAAAUAGCUGGUGAACAAAACACCAAAAAUGAGACACGAACAACUCAAGCUAGAUGAAAAAUGACAAAAAUUAGUCACAAAAGAAUAAAAACAA